AUGGCUGUUCCUCGCGCUAUUCGUCAAGUCUUUCUUGCAAUUGAGCAGGCUGAAGGCGCCGGCGCUCGCGUGCGCCGCUCCAUCGGCACCGCCAAACUGCGCAACUUCAGCCCCUUCCUGAUGCUCGAUCACUUCACGAUCGGCAAGGGCGCCGGAUUCCCCGACCACCCGCAUCGCGGCCAGGAGACCAUCACGUACCUCCUGUCCGGAGGAGUCGACCACGAGGACUUUGCCGGCAACAAGGGCACAAUCGGCCCCGGCGACCUGCAGUUCAUGACAGCCGGCCGCGGCAUCAUGCACGCUGAGAUGCCGCACGAGAACCCCGACGGCAGCCCCAAUGUCGGCAUGCAGCUGUGGGUGGAUCUGCCCAAGCAGCUGAAGAUGUGCGAGCCGCGCUACCGCGAUCUGCGCGCCAGCGAAAUCCCCGUCGCCAACGUCGACAACGGCCGUGUCACAGUCAAGGUCAUCUCCGGCCAGUCUCACGGGGUUGACUCCGUACGUGACCUGGCCUACACGCCUGUCUGGCUGCUUGAUAUUACCAUCCGUCCUGGCGGACGCAUCUCCCAGCCGCUGCCGCAGGGGUGGAACGGCUUCGCGUAUACGCUGGCUGGGACGACUGUGUUUGGGUCGAAUGACUCGACGCGCAUGGUCAAGGAGUUCCACAAUGUUGUGUUUGAGCAGCCUGGUGACUAUGUCGAGGCGUCGGUGCCUGAUAACGCCGAGGCGGAGUCGCGCUUCAUCCUUGUUGCGGGCCAGCCUCUCGACCAGAAGGUCGUGCAGUAUGGUCCGUUUGUCCUGACCAGUCAGGAGGAGGUUUACCAGGCUAUGAUGGAUUACCAGACUGCGUCUAAUGGGUUCGAGAAGUCCCGCGGAUGGGAGAGCGAGAUCGGAAAGAGGAUGGCUUUUUAG